GGAGCCUGCGGCGGGAGGCUGUGACGGCCGCGGCGCUGACGGCGGCGGCCCGGGGGGCGGCGUGGACGCCCGCGGCGCCGGCUGGGGCAUCACCGCGGGUCUCGACCCCGAAAUGGCGCUGCUGGCCGAACACCUGCUGAAGCCGCUGCCCGCGGACAAGCAGAUCGAGACCGGGCCCUUCCUCGAGGCGGUGUCCCACCUGCCGCCCUUCUUCGAUUGCCUUGGGUCCCCAGUGUUUACUCCCAUUAAGGCAGACAUAAGCGGCAACAUCACGAAAAUCAAAGCGGUGUAUGACACGAAUCCAGCCAAGUUCCGGACCCUGCAGAACAUCCUGGAGGUGGAGAAAGAAAUGUAUGGAGCAGAGUGGCCCAAAGUAGGGGCCACACUGGCGCUGAUGUGGCUGAAAAGGGGCCUCCGUUUCAUCCAGGUCUUCCUCCAGAGCAUCUGCGACGGGGAGCGGGACGAGAACCACCCCAACCUCAUCCGUGUCAACGCCACCAAGGCCUAUGAGAUGGCUCUCAAGAAGUACCAUGGCUGGAUCGUGCAGAAGAUCUUCCAGGCAGCUCUGUAUGCAGCCCCCUAUAAGUCCGACUUCCUGAAAGCACUCUCCAAGGGGCAGAAUGUGACAGAGGAGGAGUGCCUGGAGAAGAUCCGUCUCUUCCUAGUCAACUACACGGCCACCAUCGAUGUCAUCUAUGAGAUGUACACCCAGAUGAACGCGGAGCUGAACUACAAGGUGUAGUCAUGCCCACUGCUGGGCAUGCCCCCGCCUUGAGGCCACGCAGAGAAACAGGCAAACCAGAAUCACUGUGAAUCAAGUCGGCGGCUGCCCCUGGCGUGCGUCCCCCAGAGCAGCCCAGGGUCCUGCCAGAGUCUGCAGGCGCAGCCCUCAUUUUUUAAAAGUCUUUUUUUGUUUUGGUCUAUUCUAAAAGACCAGUAAAUAAUGAUCUUACUUCCAAAUCUCCUUGGAAUUUCACGACAGCGCAGACUGACUUAUGCCUUCAUUUUAGUGUGGUGAAAAUCGAUUAACGCUUCUAAUGAAUCAA